AUGGGUUAUUACUUAUUUCCCAACGUUGCAGAUGCUGAACCAUUAGAAUUUCCUCACAUGGUUUUGUUGGGCUAUAGUGAAAAACCAGACAUCAAUUCAUGGGCAUGUGGAGGAUCGCUGAUAAGUAAGAGAUUUGUACCAACAGCAGCCAGUUGUGAACAUUUGGGAAAUAAAGAUGAACCGAGAUUUGCAAAUUGGGCUCGCGUAGGUGAACUAGACUAUAUCUCGGAAACGGACCAUGCCAGUCCUAAAGACUACAAAAUUAUACAACGCAUAAUACAUCCAAAUUACAAAUCAACUUCGUUGUACCAUGAUAUAGCAUUGUUUCGUUUAGAAAGAGAUGUAGAUUUCUCUCCAUAUGUACGAUCUAUAUGUCUGAAUACAAAUAAUAAGUUAAAACCGAGUAAUAGCUACGAAAUGGCUACGGGUUGGGGAAAAACUGACGUAGCUUUACUUCCAAGCUCACACUUAUUAAAAGUAUCUAUGAACACUAUUUCGGCGGAAUAG